UAACAUCUCAGACGUUUGAUGUGACAUUAAUGGUAGCAUUAAUCAGGAACGUGACAAACUUACCUCAACCUGCAGGGGGAUAUGAUAAUUUACCAUCGCCAACAGGUAUCACAGCUACAGACGACCUGGCAAGAAUUAAAUACUACCGAAACAAGCUAGCUCAUAUUAAAGAUAUGAAAAUCACAUCUCCUUUCUUCUUGAUUGCCUGGGAGGAUAUAAAAGGGGCCGUAGAAAGACUAGGUGGUUCACAAAUGGCGGAGGAAUGCAAGGAGCUUAGAACAAAAUAUUUAAACCAAUCAACUGUACCUUGGAACAUAAGACUUCAGUUCAGUCAGAUAAUGAAUCAAUGGAAGAAGAAUGAUGCAUUGUUUGUAGAGACCAGAGCAGCAAAACAUGUGCUUAAAUGUAUAAUGGAAAACAGUUGUGUUACUAUCACUGCUAGUUCUGGUGUUGGGAAGACAUCAAUACUCCAGCAUUCAUUUUUGAAAAUGGCGAAUGAUGGUUAUGAUGUACUACCAGUAACAAAUCCAGAUGACAUUAUUAAGUUUUAUAAUCCAGAACAGAAGACAUUGUUUGUUAUGGAUGACUUUUGUGGAACUUAUUCCGUAAAUUAUUCUGACCUUAACAAUUGGGAAACAGUUAUCAAGCGUGUUGAAAAAUUCAUUCAAAACAAAUCGACCAAAAUCAUCGUCGCCUGUCGGUUACAAGUGUAUAGAGACGAAAAAUUUGAAUCUUUGACAAUUUUCAGAACCACUGUUUGUAAUUUGUUAUCAGACGACUUAUGCUUGUUGCAAUCGGAAAGGAAAUCAAUAGCAGACUUAUAUCUAGGAACAGAAGCUGCAGAUAUAAUUCAAUACUGUGAUAAAUAUGAUUGUUUUCCACUACUGUGUAAAUUGUAUCAUGAUAAUACUGACCUAAAAGAUACUGAAUUCUUUAAAAAUCCAUUCUCAGUGUAUGAAUUAGAGUUGGAACAACUAAAGAAGAAGGGACACUUCGUUAAAUACUGUGCACUGGCUUUGUGUGUCCUUAAAAACAAUGCACUGCCGGAAGAAAUGUUAACAGAGGAGAUAAGUACAUUAACAAGAACAGUCAUCGAGAACACAUGUGAAGCAUGUAGAUUAGAUAAGGGAACAUCGAGAUUAUCCCUAUUAGAUGAACUUAAUUCGCUUGAACAGACAUUCAUAAAAAAAGAACACGGGGUAUACAAAACUGUACAUGAUAAACUUUUCGAUUUUUUAUCUUAUUAUUUUGGAAAACAGAUGAUUCAGUGUUUAAUCAAGAAUGCAGACAGUAAUCUUAUUAUGGAAAGAUUUUUAUUUGAAAGAGAAAACGACAUGGACAGCUUCAUCACAAUUGUUCCACCUAAAUACCAUAAAAUGUACAUACAAAGAUUAGUCGAGGAUUGGUCAAUUGGGAAUGUAAUGCAUGUUUUCGCUAAUAACAACAUGGAACAAUCAAAGUUCAGACAGACACUUUUAAUUCAUUUGAACACACUUGAUGAAUCACACCAAAGACAACUAGCUCAUACCCGUUGUGUCAGUUCAAAUGAUACUGUCUUGUUACAAUGCUGUUUUAGAGGUGACAAACCUAUACUGAAUGGUGUUGUGAUCAAGAAGUUGAUGCUAAUCUUUGUAGGUUUGAUGGUACAAGUCCCUUAUUUGUAG